UGUGUGUGUGUGUGUGUGAAUAUAGAGAAGGGGUGGAAAUUAGGGAGAGGGAACUGAAAAGCUGAAGAGGGGGAACGGAAGAGGACUGCGGUAGAAUGAGCAGCACAAGAGUGCUGAAAUCUGCUGUAUUUUCUCCUGCACCACUCUUACACUCGUUGAAAUCCUUCAACAGAUUUCUCAGUAGUGAGAACAGUCUUGAAGGAUUGAUAGCCGACCAAGAAAUCAGCGAUUCCAUUGACGCACCCAACCAUCACCCUGCCGCCCAAUGUUUUACCUCCCAAGACUUGGCGUUUCUGAGGGACUCCAGUUCUGAUGCCAAAGUUGCUGACUUUGAGUCUCGUAAGUGCUUAACCGAUGCUUUUUCAAUAAUAAGUGCCAUUAAGAAUUUUAAUGAUGGGUUGGGAGAGAAGUCCCAGAAAUUCCUUAGGCAGUUUAGAGAGAAACUUGAUGAGAAACUGGUGGUUGAUGUCUUGAGAAAUGUGGAAAGUGCUGAAUUGGGUGUUAAGUUUUUCAUGUGGGCUGGGAGGCAAAUAGGAUAUACUCAUAGUAUGGCUGUUUAUGAUGCUUUGCUAGAGUUACUAGGUGGAAAUAAGAACGACAAAGUGGCAGAUAAUUUUCUACGUGAGAUAAAGGAUGAAGAUAGUGAGGUGCUGGGGAGAUUGCUUAACGUAUUGAUUAGAAAGUGUUGCCAUAAUGGGAUGUGGAAUUUGGCACUGGAGGAGUUAGGAAGGCUCAAGGAUUUCGGGUACAAGCCCACAAGAGCAACGUACAAUGCUCUGAUAAAGGUGUUCUUGGAGGCAGGUAAGUUGGAUGCUGCUUCUUUGCUUCAUAGGGAGAUGUUAAAUUUGGGAUUCAAGAUGGACAUACAUAUCUUGGGCUGUUUUGUGCAAUUUUUAUGCAAAAUAGGUAAAUGGAGAGAUGCUCUAAAUAUGAUGGAGAAGGAGGAGGCUCAGCCUGAUACUGUAAUUUAUACCAAAAUGAUAACGGGUUUGUGCGAGGCCUCUCUGUUUGAAGAGGCUAUGGAAUUCUUGAAUCGGAUGCGAGCAAGUUCAUGUGUUCCUAAUGUUGUUACAUAUAAGAUUUUGCUUUGUGGGUGUCUAAAUAAGGGGAAGCUAGGUAGAUGUAAAAGAAUUCUCAGCAUGAUGAUAGCAGAAGGUUGUCAUCCAAGUCCCAAGAUAUUUUGUUCCCUUGUCCAUGCCUAUUGUAAAUCUGGAGAUUAUUCUUAUGCGUAUAAGUUACUGAAGAGAAUGAUGGAUUGUGGUUGUAAGCCUGGCUAUGUAGUCUAUAAUAUAUUUAUUGGAAGUGUUUGUGGUAAUGAGGAGAUUCCAAGUCUGGAUGUGUUAGAAUUGGCGGAAAGAGCUUACAGCGAAAUGCUUGAGGCCAGAAUAGCAUUGAAUAGAGUCAAUGUUAGCAAUUUUGCCCGCUGUCUUUGUGGGGUUGGGAAGUAUGAAAAAGCAUAUAACGUAAUUAGUGAAAUGAUGUUGAAUGGAUUCAUCCCGGAAGCUGGCACAUACAACAAAGUAAUUGGUUUUCUCUGUGAUGCAUCACAAGUAGACAAGGCACUUCUAUUGUUCCAAGAAUUGAAAAAGAAUGGCAUUGUCCCAAAUGUCUACACUUACUCAAUUAUGAUUGAUAGGUUUUGUAAAGCUGGCCUGAUACAGCAGGCUCGUUGCUGGUUUGACGAAAUGGUGAGAGAUGGAUGUACCCCAAAUGUGGUCACCUACACUGCAAUCAUACAUGCUUACCUUAAAGCUAGGAAAAUAUCUGAUGCGAACAAGGUUUUUGAGAUGAUGCUGUCACAAGGAUGCCCCCCAAAUAUUGUAACUUUCUCUGCUUUGAUUGAUGGCUACUGCAAAGCUGGACAUGUAGAGAGGGCUUGCGCAAUAUAUGAGAAAAUGAGAGGAAAUGCCAAUGUCCAUGAUGUAGAUAUCUACUUUACGAUUUCUGAUGAUAGUAGUAAAGAGCCAAAUGUUAUUACCUAUGGAGCUCUCAUUGAUGGUUUAUGCAAAGUGCAUAGGGUCAGAGAGGCCCAAAAUCUGUUAGAUGCAAUGAAAGCUGAAGGUUGUGAGCCAAAUCAUAUUGUUUAUGAUGCUCUUAUUGAUGGAUUUUGCAAGGUCGGAAAACUAGAUGAAGCACAGGAAGUAUUUGCUAAGAUGGCAGAACGUGGAUACAGUCCAAAUGUUUAUACCUACAGCUCUUUAAUUGACAGAUUGUUUAAAGAUAAACGUCUGGAUCUUGCUUUGAAAGUAUUGGCUAAAAUGCUAGAAUAUUCUUGCCCACCUAAUGUUAUUACUUAUACAGAGAUGAUCGAUGGCCUUUGUAAAGUUGGGAAGACAACCGAAGCAUACAAACUGAUGUUGAUGAUGGAGGAAAAAGGUUGUAAACCUAAUGUUGUUACUUAUACUGCCAUGCUGGAUGGCUUUGGAAAGGCUGGUAAAGUGGAUAAAAGCCUUGAACUCUUCGAGUUGAUGGCCAGCAAAGGAUGUGCUCCUAAUUAUAUCACAUAUAGGGUCUUAAUAAAUCAUUGCUGUACUGCUGGACGCUUGGAUGAGGCUUAUCAACUUUUAGAGGAGAUGAAACAAACUUAUUGGCCAAGUCACUUAGCAAACUAUCAUAAGGUCAUAGAAGGCUUCAGCAAGGAAUUCUUAGUGAGUCUUCAAUUACUAGAUGAAAUGGAAAGCAAAGAUUCUGUUCCCCUUAUUCCAGUUUACAAAGUUCUGAUUGAUAGCUUUCAGAGAGCUGGAAGGUUGGAAAUGGCUUUGCAGCUGCAUAAAGAGUUUUCAUCAUUGUCACCACCUUCAUCUGCUGACAAGAAAGUGUAUUCUUCUUUAAUAGGGGGCCUGUCAGCUUCAGGUAGAGUUGACGAGGCAUUUGAGUUGUAUGCAGACAUCAUAGGAAAAGGUGAAAUUCCUGAGUUUGAUGUCUUCAUUGAUCUCAUCAAAGGGCUUCUAAAGGUUAAC